GCUGUUGAAUUUCUCCACUAUCUAAAGAUGUUGAAGAUCACUCUGUGUUUGUCAUUCGGUGUGUUUCUGUGGGGAUUUGCUUCAUGCUCUAUCACAUGUCCUGAUGCCAUGUGCUGUGCCGAUCUGCUCCACUGCUGCCCUUCAGGGUAUCGCUGUAACCUGGUUACCAUGAAUUGUGAGAAAUUAGACCAGCCGUGGCUGACCAUACCCAUGGUGAAGAAGGAGGCUGCGGAGAAACCAAACACCCCUGAACUGCCUGGAACUCCACUCCAGGAGCUUAAAGAGAGCCACGUCCCAGAUCAAAUAAAGAAAUCAAUGGUCCACUGUGACAGUUACACCUACUGUCCUGAUGGUACUACUUGCUGCAGACACCCAAAAGGAGGCUGGUUCUGUUGUCCCUACUCUCCUGGCAAAUGUUGUCUCGAUGGCUACCACUGCUGUCCAGUUGGAUUUGACUGUGACCACACGUACACGCACUGUGUGAGGGAAAAACUCACAUAUCCUUUCCUCCGCAAGCCAGCACUACCUUCAGGACCUGCGUCCUUCAUCCCAUCUUCAGAGGAAGACGACAAUUAGAAGAAGGCCCACUGGAGAAAGAGUCACCAGUCAUCUCCACAGACCAGCUAAGCAAACUUUUCACUGAGGUCAUCAUGUGUUGAAAAUGCCUAAUCUGGAUUUAUUGUAGAAAUAGGGAAAUGUUUAAGAAUUUCAAGCUAAUCUCAAAUCAUCUUAUCGAUUAUUUUUUAAAUAAUGAA